UGAAAUAUCGGAAGGAUUUUGUUUUUACACGAACCAAGUCUACUGUUAUUAUCCGUUAUCUGGUUAAAAUAACUUACCAUUUAAGAUGAAAAUAGUAUAACUCAAUUGGUGGUAGCUUUUGAUAUUUCAUGAUUUGGUAUUUUUUGUUGAAUCGUUGUAUUAACAAGCUACUGUCGCUGGUUGAGUUUACCGAUGCCACCUUGCCCAGGCUAGUGACUGUUACAGUAGGUUAAUACCGCGGUUAGCUACAGAGCUAACAGAUUCCCGGCAGCAUCUCCAGACAUAAAGAAAAAGCUCCUAAUCAAUCAACUGAUCCUGGUACAGUUACCUAACGUUACCUUUUCUUGCUUUCAGAUAAGCUAGCAAAAAGCAAUUAGCUUGCUAGCCUAAAACAAAUCGUAUGGGGUGUUGAUUUGGAAGCUAAGGAAGCUUAACUAGCAAGUUAUAUCCCCCUCAUGGCAUAUACUUUUACGCCCUACUGACUUGAAUUCCUUGGAGGAGGAGGGUUGGCUGAUUGCCUCUGUGUGGUGUGCAGCUAGCUAGUUAAAAACAAUGGCUGGCAUUCAUGCUGAAUGAAGCAAGACAUGGGACCCUGCUGCUGGACUUUAGCUGAAUCCCCUGGAGGAAAGACAACGGCGGACCUGCCUUGUUGUGAUCCGACUCUGAGAUGAUUUGGUUAAGAAGAACAGCCCUCAGCAGCAGCAGCGUCCCCAGUCGAUUCAACCCGCACUGAAAAGAAGGUGCCCCUCCCGUAUGGACGUGUGUAAACCCAACCCCAACCGUACGGCCCCAGUGAGUGAGGCUGGGCCCCGGCGGGACCUGCCUCUGUGCUCCAGGACCAACGGGUGGAGCUGGCCUCCACACCCCUUCCAGCUCCUGGCAUGGCUCCUCUACCUCUUCUUCGCUGUCACCGGGUUUGGAGUGUUUGUCCCUUUGCUCCCCUCCCACUGGAUCCCUGCUGGCUACAUUUGCACGGGCAUCAUGUUUGUGUGUCACCUGUUCGUCCACCUGAUGGCGGUCUCCAUCGACCCCGCGGACUACAACGUCAGGGCCAAGAGCUACCACGGCCCCGUGCCCGUGUUCGACCGCACCAAACACGCCCACGUCAUCGAGAACAGCCACUGCUACCUCUGUGAAGUAGACGUGUGA